AUGGCCGACGCUAUUCGUGGAGUAUGGCAAUCUAUUGUCACUGCCAAGCGCAACUAUCUUAACCCCCACGAGCACUUCGGUAGAAUGAUGAUCUGCCGUUGUGCCUUGGCUAGCUACGUCGGAAUUUAUUUCCUCGCCAAGUGGAACUCUGCCAAGAAGGCCAAGGCCCUCCAAGCUCAGAAGGCUGCUGAGAGAAAGAACAUCAUCAAUGACGCUGUUCUCCGUGCUGGACUUUAG